ACGGAGGCGGUGGCGGUAGUGGCGGUGGCUGGGUCGGGCCCCGACGGGCGGCGGCUGCUGAGGUGGAGGCGGAGGGAGGCGGCGGCGGCGGCGAAGGCGAAGGCGAAGGAGGCGGCGGCGGCGGCGGCGGCGGCGGCGGAGGGGGGAAGAUGGCGGCGCCCGUCCUGCUGAGAGUGUCUGUGCCGCGGUGGGAGCGGGCGGCCCGGUAUGCAGUGUGCGCCGCCGGGAUCCUGCUCUCCAUCUACUCCUACCACGUGAAGCGGGAGAAGGAGCGGGACCCCGAGCACCGGGCCCUCUGCGACCUCGGGCCCUGGGUGAAGUGCUCCGCCGCCCUUGCCUCCAGAUGGGGCCAAGGAUUUGGUCUUUUGGGUUCCAUUUUUGGAAAGGAUGGUGCAUUAAAUCAGCCAAACAGUGUCUUUGGACUUAUAUUUUAUAUACUACAGUUAUUACUUGGUCUGACUGAGCCAAGUGUCUCUUUCUCUUGCAGGCAUGACAGCAAGUGCAGUUGCAGCUUUAAUCCUCAUGACAUCCUCCAUCGUGUCUGUAGUAGGGUCUUUGUACCUGGCCUACAUUCUGUACUUUGUGCUGAAGGAGUUUUGCAUCAUCUGUGCUAUCACAUACAUGCUGAACUUCAUUCUUCUUAUCAUCAACUACAAACGACUAGUUUACUUGAACGAGGCCUGGAAACGGCAACUGCAGCCCAAGCAGGACUGACGGCCUGACGAACUUACCUUCAAGUCCCUUUUCCAUUAAGUUAAUUUCGCAGCAUUUUUUUAUUCUUCACAACAGACACUUUCCCUAAGAAUCUUAAACUGAUUUUUUAAAAUCUUGUAAAUUAGAAGGGUAUUUUUUGUGUCAAUCUUCAUUUUAAAUAUGGAUACAAAAAAAAAAAAAGCAUAAGCCGAGCCAAUCAAAGACAAGCUUUAACUUUACUUUGAAGAUGUUUCUGAAAUAAUUAAAUGUAGCCCUCCGUUGUAAAGUGAGCAACCAUUGCUAAUAACUCUCCAAUGUGUAUAAAUUCAAUUUCAGGUAUAACAAAUGUGAUCAUGACAUGAAAAUAUUUUAGAAUAGAUACUGUAUUAAGUAUUGCCAUGUUUACAAUAUGUAAUAUGUUUUUAGCCAAUGGAUUUAAACAUGUAGAUUCAACUAGAAUUCAUUUCUGUGACAUUUGUAAAUAAAGGUAGAAAUAUCGGAUCCAUCCCUGCAGAACUUGCUGUACAGUUGAGCUGAAGUGUAGCAAUGAAGAACUGUCAGCUCAACACUGACUGAAGAAAAAGUGAAAAUAGUUCAGUGCAUACAGAGUCUUGUGAAAAGUACUGACAUCCGUGGGUCCAGCAUUGACAGCAAAAAUAGGGUAGUUGGUUCCCUUUCAUCUCCUUCCUCCUCAAGGAAGAAACUCUUUGGACAUUCAAGUCAAACUUGUGUCUAGUCAUAAAACUGGAUCAGUUCUACCUUACAGAGUGAGUCAUGUGACCAAACCAUCAAGUCCAAAGCCUUCAGGACACUAAAGAUGGGGAAAUGGGUACAUUUCUUUGGAGAAAAGCUGGAAAUAUAUGAAUUUUAAGGUAAAGUCUCCUAAAACAGUUGGAUUUUAUUUAGAUACUUUUCCUUAACAUUGGUGCCAACCCUACAGUAUUAUGGCUUUGAAAUAAUCAGUAUAAGCCCAUUCGCUCCAGAGUAGGAUCGCUCUUGGAUAGCUGUUUCCUGUUUCUUUCUGCACUAACUAAUCGGAUUUUUAACUUAAUUGUUUUAGAGUAAAAUAUUGGCUAUGUAAACUUUAGGGAUGAUAAUGCUGCUCAGUUAGCUUAAUCGGGAGUAUUUUAGGUGGAAAUACCUGAAGGUGAAAUACUAAUGUUGUCACUGCUCUUUCUAUGGCUAUACAAGUGCAGAAUUUCUUAAAGUGAUGUGAAUUAACCCAAAUAAAAUUGUGACAGUAUGCUUCUAAGGUUAACAUAUCAAAAUGUUAAAAGUGCCUUCUGUCGUAAAUCUCAAACCAAAUAUUUUCUGUUGAACUUGGGCAGAAGUGUCCUUCCUUCCUUUCUUGGCAUGAAGUAGAUAACUUGCAUUCUAUAUAAAGGUUCUGUAUGAUCAUUUUAUUCCUUAGAUUGAGAAGUAGUAGCAACAAUUUUGCUUUCAAUUUGAUUAAUCAUUAUAUUAAAAAUAGACCGGUAAUUUAAGUGCAUAUUUGCCUUUUUGAAGGAGAGGACAGGCUCUGCUCUGUAAACCUAUGUGUAGCGUCAGCAACUGUUUCCAACUAACCGUCAUAAUUGAUGCAAUGUAUUAUUCUGGUCCAAGGCAGGUAGAAAAUCUGAAUUGUAAUGAACUAUUGAGUUUAAACCAGUUUUAUAAAAAGAGCUUAAUUCAGAUUUCAUCCAGGCUGAUGUUUUCCCAUGAAUGUGAAUAUUUCAAUGCCUGUUUUAUUAUGUAUGUAUUAUUCUUAUUUCUAUAGUUAAAGAACUCUAGAAAGCAUUGAUUAGAUGCCCCGUGUGGAUGGAGAAGCGAGUCCUGAUAUUGAAGUGAACUGUACAAGGAGGUCACGUCGCAGUGCUUCCAGUUCUACGAGCCGUUCACUGCUUCUCGUUUCCCAGCUACGGUGGCAAUGGCUCAGCGGUUAAGACUUCUGUGGUACAUAUAACACUGGUCGUGCUAAAAUUCCUCGUGUCCCAAUUUAAAAUGUGGUGUGUUUUUUUCCUCAUCAUAUUUGUAUCAAUCGGCAGAGUAUACUUAAAGCUUGUCUUGAUGUCCUCUUGGAAAUAUUUGUCUUCAACUCAAAGAGAAAAUGUAAAAAUGUUUAGCCAGACCCUUCAAGUUUUUCCUUUAUUUUCCCAAGCCUGGGGGGAAACACCACUGUUUCAGUUGUAUUAAAAAAUGGCCACAUUCCUAUGACCCAGAACUACUAAUCACCUUUUUCUCACUGGGCAGUGAACAUGUGCUACCUGCACUGCAGCUCGUAAUGCCGACAUCACAGUAAGCAACAGGGCCCUGCUGGGUGCUAUUGGUACUUGUGCCCCGGAAGAGUGUGGGCUCCCUCCACAUGUUCUGCAUCACCCCAGAACAGGGGGAAGAAAGAUACCAUGUUUUAAAAUUCCAGUAUUGUUAGGACUAUUGUAAAAUUACUAGCCACUGACAUUGAAGAACAGAUUAGGGG